UUCACAACCAAGAUGGCUGCCGGCGAGGAGCAGAGGGCACCCGCGGGAUCACCGUCAGCGGUCGUUAAUGACUGUGAAUGAAGGUUGCGUGCUGAGGGCGUUCGUGUAGUUGGCCGCAGUCUGGCGAAGGGCGCGGGGAUUUCCCGGGAGCGGCUCCUGUAUCUUCUACCUGAUGGAAGAGGAGAGAAGAGAGAAUGACCCGGGUGGAUGGGGUCUUUGAUUAUGCUGGCUGCUUCGCCAAGGCAGCAAGAGGUGAUCAGUCAUGAUGGAAGACAAAGGUCCACGUGUUGCUGACUAUUUUGUGGUGGCAGGCAUGACUAGUGCAUCAAAGCCGCUUGAAGAGGAAAUACAGUUUAAUGACAACUGCCAUAAAUUAGCUAAACCGAAAACACCAAUUACAGAUGUGGCUGUCAUUGUGAAAUCACUGGGAGAGGAAGUUCCCCAAGGGUAUACGUGCGUGGAAACUACUCAAAGUGGAUUAUCGGCUGAUCUCAAUAAUGGAAGUUUGAUGGGUCCUCAGAUUUUAUUGUGCUACAAAAGAGGUAGAGAUAAACCACCACUGACUGAUCUGGGCGUUUUGUAUGAAUGGAAAGAGAGACUGAAGCAUGGAUGCCAAAUCAUUCAAACCACACCUUAUGGGCGACCUGCUAACAUCAGUGGUGGCACCUCAUCUCAGCGAAUCUACAUAACAUAUCGAAGAGCACCGGAAAACGUCGCCCAGAAUUCCCUGGCUGUUACUGAUAUUUGUAUAAUUAUUCCAAGUAAAGGCGAGACCCCACCACACACUUUCUGCAAGGUGGACAAAAACUUAAACAGCAGCGUGUGGGGAUCAGCAGUAUAUUUGUGCUACAAGAAGUCUUUGGCCAAAACCAACACUAUAGCUUACAAAGCUGGUUUGAUAUGUAGGUAUCCAGAAGAAGAUUAUGAAUCCUUUCCUUUACCUGAAUCAGUACCUCUCUUUUGCCUGCCGAUGGGGGCAACCAUUGAAUGUUGGCCUUGUAAUACCAAAUAUCCGCUCCCUGUUUUCUCUACCUUUGUGCUUACAGCAGCUUCUGCAGAAAAGGUUUAUGGUGCAGCUAUUCAAUUCUAUGAGCCUCUUCCUCAAGAGAACUUGACAGAUAAGCAACGAUCGCAGUUAGGGCUGGUCAGUGCAGCUGACCGCAAACCUAUCCUCUCGAAAACUGUUCACACCAGCAAGUGUAUUUGCCUUCUGUCACACUGGCCGUUCUUUGAAGCUUUUCGAAAAUUUCUCACAUUUUUAUACCGCUAUUCAAUCUCUGGACCUCAUGCACUACCUAUUGAAAAACAUAUUUGUCAUUUCAUGCACAAAGUUCCAUUUCCUUCUCCUCAAAGACCGAGGAUUCUUGUGCAGCAAUCGCCUCAUGACCACUUAAUGCUCUGCCAACCCGUUUCUUCACCACUACCAUUGAGCGGUGGCAGUUUCACCACUUUGCUGCAGAACUUGGGCCCUGAGAAGGCAAUAACUCUGCUGCUGUAUGCAGUGACUGAACACAAGAUUCUUAUUCACUCCCUUCGCCCAGCUGUGUUGACCAGUGUGGCUGAAGCACUUGUUUCUAUGAUAUUUCCAUUCCAUUGGCCAUGUCCAUACAUUCCUCUAUGCCCGUUGGCUCUGGCUGAUGUCCUUAGUGCCCCUUGCCCCUUCAUCGUAGGGGUUGACUCUCGCUACUUUGACCUGUAUGAUCCUCCAAGUGAUGUAAGCUGCGUGGACCUAGACACUAACACCAUCUCUCAAACUGAUGACAGGAAAAGCCUUACGUGGAAAGUACUUCCAAAGAAAGCCUGUAGAAAUUUGAUCAACUCUUUGAACAACAUUUAUGAACAGCUAGCAGAGAUGCAUCAAAGACCCAGAGAGGAAGCUUUAAUGGAAUUAACAAUGAAUGAUCAUGAUUUGAACUCUGGUAAAAAGAUGCAGAUGUUAGAACUGGAAAUACAAGAAGCUUUUCUUCGAUUCAUGGCUUCCAUUCUGAAGGGUUACAGAACAUACCUUCGACCUAUCACAGAAGCCCCUUCUGAGAAAACAACAGAUGCCAGCUCUCUGUUUGAUCUUCAAGGUUUUCUGAGAAGCAGAGACCGUUCCCACCAAAGGUUUUACUCACUGAUGACAAAAACACAGAUGUUUAUUCGGUUCAUCGAGGAAUGCUCCUUCGUGAGUGACAAGGAUGCAAGUCUGGCUUUCUUUGAUGAUUGUGUGGACAAAUUGGAUGCAGAGCGCAUAGAGGACUUGCGCCUCAUAGAAUUGGAUGAAUCUCACAAAAGUGAACACACAGUUUUCAUCACACCACCUGAGCUUCCAAGCCUUCCUAAUGAAGAAGAGUACCCUCUUCAGUACAGUUACAUUGGCUUCCCUGUGCUAUCACCAGAGUUAUUUGACAGACCCGUGAGUCUAUUAAAGACACCAACCAACAGGUUAACUUCAAAAAAUAGUUGCCCCAAUAGUCCAGCACCUAUGGGCAGAAGAACAAAGCAGGAGAUAAAAUCAGCUCAAAAAAUGGCAAAACGUUAUUCGUCAAUUCCUCAGAUGUGGUCAAAGUGUCUCCUCCGUCAUUGCUAUGGACUCUGGUUUAUCUGCCUUCCUGGAUAUGUGAAAGUAUGCCAUUCAAAGGUCAGGGCUCUUCGGACUGCUUAUGAUGUACUGAGAAAGAUGCAGGUCAAGAAGUUGGAGCCACCGGAUGAGGUGUGUUACCGUGUUCUGAUGCAGUUAUGCGGCCAAUAUGGGCAGCCAGUACUCGCUGUCAGAGUCCUGUUUGAGAUGAAGAAAGCUGGUGUUCACCCCAAUGCUAUUACAUAUGGUUACUAUAAUAAGGCAGUUUUAGAGAGUACUUGGCCAUCGAGCAACAGAGGUGGAUACUUUCUAUGGAUGAAGCUAAGGAAUGUUGUACUUGCAACAGCUCAGUUCCGCAGAGUUUUGAAAAAGGCUCCAGCAAACCCACUACAGACGCAGGUGCUGUCAGAUGGCAGUGACCUGGAUGCCGUUAGCCACGGCAGCAUGGAUAGCUCUAAUGAAAAUAAUACUGUGGAGCAGCCCCAGUUCAGCUCUGAGCAAAUGAAAGUAGAUUCCACUGACGAUAGAUCUAGUACAGGUGGACAAUCAGAUCUAGGAUACAACUCAUUAUCGAAAGAAGAAGUUAGACGGGGGGAAGUGCCUUCAGCCCUUGGAUCGGAGCAAUCUGCUGUGUGUCAACCAGUGGACAAGGAGGACAAGAAAGAGAGUGACUCCAGCUCAUUAUCUGAGAGUGACAGUGCAAAGGGCAGUGGAGAUUGUCUGCCCCAUUUGGAAUUUCAAGGAAGCAGAAGCAACUUGAAAUCUGUGUCCAGCAUUGUAAAGAUGAACUGCAACUUAGAGACAGCUCAGCCAAACCAGACUGCUGAGGAAAACAAUGAAAAUGCAGCAGGGGUACUGUUUACCACAUCCUUCAGUGAAGCCGCAUAUCCUGAUCCUGGGCUGGUGCACAGCAACAGCCUACGCAAGAGGCACAAAAGUGCUGUGGAGCCUGGUCUAAAGGAACAAAUGGUGUGGGGAGGAAGGAACCGCAGCCUUAGUGGUGAUGUUUAUGCAGGGCUCAUGGUGCACAGAGGAAGCAUGGACAAUGACCCCCGGAAAAUGGCAGAAAAACUGGGCGCUGACGCCAAAAUCCUAUCAACAGCUUUCCAAUUGGCCACAAGACCAAACUCAUUACAGAUUAGCAAACACAGACAUGUGCACAAGCAGGCAAGCUUAAGCCAAGAGAAGGAAUUGAGUGAUGAAGAUACUCCAUUUGAAUUGAAUGAAGCAUCAGCUAAUAUAGAGGAUAAAACAGACUCUCCUGCCAUCUUUGAUUUGGAAGAUCUGGACAGUGAACUUGAUAACAUGAAGUCUCGUGGAAAACCGCAUCAAAACCAGAGGCAGCCACCCAAGCAAUUGCAGAGGAGUCUAAGUGCAGGAGCUGGUGUCAAACUAGCAGAAAGAAAGGGAGUUCAAAGAGGCUAUGACCCCCUUUCUCUUCUGGUUGCAGAAACUGAUCAAGAGAAAGAGGAGGACGAAGAUGAAGACUAUGAUAAAUGUCUCUCCACUCCUUCAGCCCGUCGAAACUUGGCUGAAGAAAUAGAGAUGUACAUGGACUCCAUGAACAGCCCCUUGUCUAGCCGCGCACCUAGCAUGGAUUUCUCAAAGCCAGAGGAAGAGAGCAGUGGAUCAUUUAACACCAAAGUCCUGCCUGUAGUAAAAGGAUCAAGGAGAUCUAGCCUUCCAUCUGGCUCACCCAGGUCAGCAGGACUCUCACGCUCCAGAACAUUUCAACCACAAGCAAAUGUCAAGCGAAGAGACAGACUUUGGUCCUCACCAUCAUAUUCUCCAAGUAGCAACAGGAGAGUAGGAGCUCGAGAGACAGGUAGAGCUUUGACCCUCAUGUCUCCUCCUCCUUUUAAAUUAGACUCAUUAUUGCCACCCACCUUUGAUGUGCUAAAACACAGCAUGUUCUCAGCUGGGAAGGGAGUGGCAGAAAAGGCAAGCAAGUGGUACACGAAGUUGGCAACAUAUGCUGUACCCAUCAAGGAAAAUGGCAAGGGAUAUUAUUCAGAGAGAAACAGCGCCUCCUCGACUGGAAUGCAGGAUCCUGAAGCAUCAUCCUUAGAUGAAGAGACUUAUGAAGAUUCAGACAGAUUAGCUUACACCCAAGCUGGGAGCAUGCCUAUAGGCGAGACCAGAGGAGGGGGUGUGAGACAGGCUAGUGUGGACAGCUCUGGAAAUCAUGAUGGGACACCUCGACAGCAAUUACAAGUUGGCAGUGCUCAGUCAGCAAGUUCCAACUUUCCUUUGCCAGACAAAUCAGAUGUUGGAUCUUCUCGAUAUACAAGCAGCACCAGCAUCUUCCAGAACUACGCCAUGGAGAUUCUUAUCUCCAGCUGUUCCCGGUGUCGAACUUGUGACUCACUGGUGUAUGAUGAAGAAAUAAUGGCUGGCUGGACAGCAGAUGACUCCAACCUCAACACAACAUGUCCGUUCUGUGGCAACUUGUUCCUUCCUUUCCUGGGGAUUGAAAUCAAAGAUCUGCGAGGACCGGGCAGGUAUUUUCUGAAAUCCAGUGCAUCUGCAGAAAGUAUACAGAAUUUACAGUCCAUACAAUCUUGCCGAGGAAUUAAGAACUUUACAGUCUCCCCACCUGAUCUGGGUGUGAGCGAUGCCAGCAAGCCUCACUCUCCAAGAAUUACAGUGCAGGAAGUUCCAGACAUGCAGUGUAGUGUCCAGCCACCUUCAGCAAGAUGCAUUCAGAUUCCUUCAGAUCGAUGGCAUGGGAUCAGUGAGUCCUUCCCCUUGGGCCAGCCAAUGGCGAGAAGCGUCAGUGGAUGUGGCUGUGUGACUGAGGAGCCUGGAACAUGGCGACACAUCCACACUGUUCCAACAGGCAGCCUGCCCACUAACCUGAAUGAUUCAGCGGAUCCAUUGGGCAUGGAGUGGCAGUUAACCCAUCCUGACCCCGUAACAGUCCCAUACCUGAGCCCCUUAGUGUUGUGGAAAGAGCUGGAAAGUUUGCUUGAGAAUGAAGGUGAUCAAGUGAUAUCCAUGGCAACGUUUGUGGAUCACCAUCCAAUAGUAUUCUGGAACUUGGUGUGGUACUUCCGUCGGAUUGAUCUGCCCACCAACUUGCCUGGACUUGUACUAACUUCGGAACACUGCAAUAAAGGUGUGACGAUCCCUCGAAGCUGGAUGUCAGAAGACAGCAAACACGUCCUAAUUCAAAUGCUGUGGGACAACCUGAAGUUGCAUCAAGAUCGCAGCCAGCCUUUCUACAUCCUCUGGAAUGCUAAAAGUCUUAAUUACACUCUUUUAUUUGAGACUAAGAAACAUCCACUUGUUCACACUGUGCGGGAUGAAGGCCACGUAUUUAACAAGGAUUUUCUAGAUAGCAUUGUAAAAAGCAUUCAGAUGAACAACAUCUAUAAACCAAUGAGCAAGAUUCUGGAUGUGCUGAGCACACAGCCAAAUCUUAAAAGACAAAGGAGUCUAUACAGAGAAAUUCUGUUCCUGUCACUUGUGGCUCUUGGGAAGGACAACAUCGAUAUAGAUGCAUUUGACCGUGAGUAUAAGAUGGCGUAUGAUAUGCUAACUCCCAACCAGGUGAAGCUGACCCAUAAUUGUGACCGGCCUCCCAGCUCUGGUGUCAUGGAGUGUCGCAGGAUCUUUGGUGAACCCUACCUCUAGGAAUCCUGUUAAUAUUACCCUCAAUGCAGCUCCCAUCAGUCCAUCUGCAUCCACCGCACUGCCCAUUGUGCAGUGGAAGUUCAGUUCUAGGAGUCUCUAAGUUUAACAUUGUUAAAUUAUGAUGAAUUCUUUGUAAUUUUAAGACUGGAAUUGUACAGAGAAUAAGGUCAAAUGGAAAGCUUUGUAAAUAUAAUUAAAGGUACUUCAAAUAGCUUUGUAUUAUAGUACUAUUGGUCAGGUUAAUAAAAAAGAUUGCAUUGAUGCUAGAGGGCUCAGCUCUCUAAAGUAAGCUACUACCAUGUACAUAAUAGCCCUGGCUACCAUUGCAUCUCAUCGUCUAUUACCCAUAUGUUUUUUAGGAGUUCUUUUGGUCUGAAUUGUAAAAAUGUUCAUAAAAGAGAAAUGUGUAGCAGAGGCACUUUGAGUAAAAGUGACAUGUCUUUCACAUUAAAACAAAGUACUUUUCAGUAUUUGUAUAUUUAAAUAACAAGAUCUUUUGAUGCUAUCAAUCUUUAUAUACACUUAUGAUGUAGCUUUAAAGUAUGCUUGAUAUAUAAUAUAUGAUACAAUGUGGUGCAAUAUGUUCCUUUUAGAAUUUGCUUUGCAGUUUUUGUGGUACCUAGCCAUCUGAGAAAAAUCACAUUAGGCCUUCUGAAUUCCUAUCUAGAAAAGAAAGGAAGAGGCAAUGGCACGAGAAGGACUUGCAGCUGUAUUACUGAAGGGUCAGAGCAACAUGCUGUCUGUUUAAACUAUUACUGAAGGGUCAGAGCGGCAUGCUGUCUGUUUAAACAAUAUUUGUUGGGACUUUGAUUGAGAUCAAAGCUAACAUGCAACCUUUUUAUGUUGAAAGUCAGUUUUCUAUGGGAAAGUUACUGUAUUUAUUAGCUUAUUAAAUAACACUUUUUGAAAUUACUUAUUGGAUUUGUGAAUAUGAAAAUCCACUAAACAGUGAUGUCUAAUAGAAUAUUUUUAUGCUGCAAUGUUCUUGUCUAAUUACAGUGCUUUAUUAAACAAUACAGUUUUAUAUGUCCUAGUUCAGUUCUGGAGGCCAAAGGCCACAAUACAACCCUGUAGUUUCUGUAAGAAGACAACUUCCAUAUAAAAAGUCUUCUAAACCUGCCCCUUUGAAAAAUAAAGUGACAGAACACAGCCAA